UGGGACGAUCACCAGGGCAGCGCUCUCUUUAAUCCCUAUCAGUUACCAUCUGUAUGUGCCAAGAAGAGGCAAUAGAAGAGCACACAGAAUUUUCCAACAUGUCACUAUUGUUCAAUUAUCUAUAAAAUAUUCAGGGCUCACAACUUCUUUUUAAACAAGUUCUCUGAUUUGCUAUUUUCUGUUACACAGUUCUUAACAGAAUGGAUGAGGGAGAGGAUCCCAAUUUGAAGGAAACACCUGACACUGGUGAAGAUGAAAUGGAUGGAAGUGGGGUUAGCAUUGGAAAGAGAAAGGGAGUGAAAGUCAGUGGAAAGCACCUGCCUGCCAUGAAGUGGGAGGGGUUGGAAUCCUCUCCACCAUCCAGACAGUCUUACAUUCACAGGUUGCAAGACAACACGCCAAUAGGAUUGGACCCUCUGUGGAAAACAAACAGCCACCCACAGGGAUACGAGCAGCCAGGAAAAGGAAAUCAACAGGAAGCCACUAAUGAAAGCAAGGAAAGACCUGGAGCACCACAAGCACAAUGGGAGAUUUCAGAUCAAUGGAGCACAGACGGGGAUACAAACAGAACCCCUGCUUCAGAUCCAGGAAUUUCAAAACAGACUUUAGCAGAACUGAAGAGUCUUUUAAGAGAGAGUGCAGUUAACACCAGAGGCAGAGACAGCAACAAACUGGGGAGUGCAUAUACCUAUUUGCAUGUAACAAAGCCUGAUAACAAGGCUGAUGAGGGACCCAUUAGGUCUUUUACUACUUUCAAACCCCAUUCUGAGGUGUCCCAUGUGCAGGGGAUACAGAAGCCCAAGGAAGGAGCUAGUAACAUCCCCCAACUUAAACACAGCUCAAGCCUAUCAAGUUCCUAUAAUCCUGAUGUUAGCAGUCCUAAACCAUCCAUUUUAGGACCACCAGGUGGCCACAGAACAUGUGAUACAGGAUCAAAAUCCAGUCAAACUGAUAACGCGAAGGAUCCAAAUAUGAACACCCUUGGAAUUCAAAGUGAUAUACAACUAACUUCAGGCAUAGAUCACAUAAAACAACAGAUUGCAAGAGAAGACAUCAGUUUUGUCCGUUUUGAAGCAACAGAUCUGCAUGGGGUAUCAAGAUCCAAGACUGUUCCUUCUCGGUUUUUCCAGGAAAAGGCCAUAUAUGGUGUUACAAUGCCACGGAGCUACCUGGAAUUAACACUGAGUCCUCAAGAUAAUGAAGUGGACCAUAUCAGUGCUGCAAAUUUCAACAGCGAUGUCCUGCUUAUCCCUGAUCUUCUCACAUUCCGAAUCCUCCCAUGGGCUGAUAAAAUGGCCCGAGUGAUUUGUGACUCUUGCGCAAUUACAGGAAACCCUCUUCGCACGUCCCCCCGACACAUAGCAAAACAGCAGCUGAGUCAGCUCAGGGCUAUGGGCUUUUCCUUGCAUUCAUCUUUCACAUAUGAGUGCUGCAUUUUUGGGGUUCCCGAGAAGAUCAAUUCAAAGACAUUAUUUUUCCCAGCCGCAACUUUACUGAGCAAUCAUGAUCUACCUUUCUUCCAGCAACUUAUUCAUGGAAUGUACUACAUGGGAGCGGAUGUGGACAGUUUCUCUUCCGCGUGUGGUCCUGGCCAAAUUGAGAUCUCCUUUAAACCAGAAUUUGGCAUCAGUUCUGCAGACAAUGCCUUUACUUUUAAAACCGGCAUAAAAGAGAUGGCCAAGAAGCAUGGGUUCAUUGCCAGCUUUUUCACAGAUGAUGGAUUUUACAACUCUGGAGUCCUGUCUCAUAGCCUCUGGGAUGUGAAUGGCAAGAAGAAUCUCUUGAAAACUGUACCAAGUGAAUUAACAGAGAUAGGAAAGAAGUGGCUAGCAGGGCUUAUGCAUCAUUCUGCAGCUCUAAGUUGUCUGAUGGCCCCUGGAGUCAGCUGCCGCAAGCGUUUCGCUACAGAAAACAAAGAGGCCGAGCAGCUUAUCUAUGCAACCUGGGGAUUCAAUGACAAUAGCUGUGCCUUCAAUGUUAAAUGUCAUGGAGGAAAAGGGGCGUACAUAGACAAUAAACUUGGCUCAGCUUCAGCCAAUCCCUAUCUUGCCCUUGCAGCUACAGUAGCUGCUGGCCUGGAUGGUAUCAGACGAAGCCUUACCAUUGAUAGCGGAACACUCAGCCAAAAGCAGCUAAAGAACUUUGCUAUUCCCAUAAAGCUAGAAGAUGCUCUUGUUGCACUGGAGGAAGACCACGUUAUGAGAGGUGCUUUAGGAGAUCCCUUUGUCCAAUAUUUUAUUGCCAUGAAACGUUAUGAGAUAGAAACAAAAGAACUGGAUGCUGAAAGAAACAAAUGUCUUGAAUACUUCAUUUAGGCUUCCAUUAUAUUCCAUUUGUUGAUAUUUUACCCAGCCUCAAUUGACAGUAUUGUCCUUCUUUAGUCAUAAUACGAACAUUGCUGCACUCUAUAAAGAGUUUAAGUAAGAAACUGUGUUUUAAGAACAUUUCAAAAUGUGGCUAUUUAGAGUUAAUAGUAUUAGAUUUUAAAUAAUGGCAUGUGGUUGAAUGUAUUUUUGGUUUUCGGAUGUGGGUAUCAUAUUUAAUAACACUUUAAUUAAUCUCUAUCAAAUGUACUCAAGUAUAUUAUCUCAAAAAGAAAUUAAAUUAAUCAUUCAUAUACAAUACUUUUCACGUAUAACUCUUUAAUUUGAUUAUUCAGGAUAUUUUCCAACCAGGCUGGAAUUGUGUUAUUAUAUUUUUUCUUAGAACAAUUUCAACAACUGGUUAAACAUAUUUAGUUAUUUAGCAGUAUCUGGAGCAGAGAAUGACUAUUUGUUUGGUGCAGCUCAUAGAAGCAAUAAAAUAAUAAAAAUAAAAUGUUGCUCUAUAAUAUUCAUACAACUACAAAGAUGUGUACUGUUCCAUAUAUAGGUUCUUGUGAAAGUCUGGGUUUAAACAGGGGGCUUGAUACUUCCUAACAGAUUACUUUAAGAAGGCAUUUUUUAUUGCAGUGUGCCUUAGUUCUUGAAUUUCUUUUUACAAAAUAAUUAGUGUGUGUGUGUGUAAUAUAUAUAUAUAUAUAUAUAUAUAUAUAUAUAUAUAUAUAUUGUAAACGAGCUGCAACUCACUCAUGGUUCGUUGCCCCUUUAAAAACAGACACAGGACACAAAAAUUGAGUUUUCCAGCGCUGACGCGCUAUUUUUAAUAAACACAAAAACAAAAUAAACAAAACAAACAUGAGUGCUAACUAUAUAGUAUGCAGGUCCCUGACUAGCUCGCAGGACGGCUAAGCCGUUUACCUGGAAUAAACAAAACAAACAAAACACACAAAAACAACACAGUACUCACAGUGGUGCCUGCUCGGAAACAGAGCACACCGCCUUCUGCUUCCUUCUAUUCAGCAGUCCUGAGCAGACUGACUGCUUCUCUUAAAUACCCUGCACCUGGUUCUAAUUUACAAUUACCACCAGGUGCAGGGGAUGAUUAACAAUAAAAGAAAUUAAACAAUUAACAGAAUGUGCAUUCGCACAUGUUUUGUUCAGGGAUGAUAUUAACCCCCUCCCUGCUA